CAAUCUUAAAUAUUUCUUCAUUUCUUGAAGGAAGAUAGUAGUAAGUAGCAACAUACAAAUACAACUCCUCAACCUCAAGAACCAAAAAGAAAAAAAAAGAAAUAGAAAUGGGUUCUUUGAGCAUAACAGAAAAGCCUCAUGCUGUGUGCAUACCAUACCCAGCACAAGGCCACAUAAACCCAAUGUUAAAACUAGCAAAGCUUCUUCACUUCAAAGGCUUCCACAUAACUUUUGUUAACACCGAAUACAACCACAAACGCCUUCUCAAAUCAAGGGGCCCUGAUUCCCUUAACGGCUUACCUUCGUUCCGUUUCGAAACCAUCCCUGACGGUCUACCUGAGCCCGAUGUGGAUGCGACGCAGGAUAUUCCUUCCCUCUGCGAAUCCACUAGGAAGACAUGCUUGCCUCACUUCAAGAAUCUCAUUUCAAAGCUCAAUAGAAAUAGUGAAGGUGCAGAUGCCCAAAAAGCCCCUCCUGUUACUUGCAUAGUCUCUGAUGGUUGCAUGAGUUUCACCGUUGAUGCUGCUGAAGAGUUUGGAAUCCCCGAGGUUCUGUUUUGGACCACAAGUGCUUGUGGCUUCAUGUGCUAUAUGCAGUAUCGCCAUCUUGUUGCCAAGGGAAUAACUCCACUCAAAGAUUCAAGUUAUAUCACAGAUGGUUAUUUGGAGAACACAAUCGAUUGGAUCCCUGGAAUCAAAGAUAUUCGAUUGAGGGAUGUUCCAAGCUUCGUGAGGACCACAGAUCCCAAUGACCUAAUGCUUGAUUUCAUAUUGGGUGAGACGAAAAGAGCUUCAAGAGGGUCGGCAAUCGUAGUGAACACAUUUGAUGCUUUGGAACACGAUGUUAUGGAAGCACUAUCCACAAUUCUGCCACCGGUCUAUUCCAUUGGUCCCUUGAAUCUUCUACUCAACAAUGUUACCGACAAAGAUUUGAAGAAAAUUGGUUCCAAUCUAUGGAAAGAGGAGCCAGAGUGUCUUGAAUGGCUUGACAACCAAGAACCAAAUUCAGUUGUUUAUGUGAACUUUGGCAGCAUAACGGUUAUGACAAGUGACCAAUUAAUUGAAUUUGCUUGGGGACUUGCCAACAGCAAGAAAACAUUUUUAUGGGUUAUUAGGCCGGAUCUAGUCGCCGGCAACAAUGCCGUGUUGCCUUCUGAGUUCAUUGAAGAGACCAAGAACAGAGGAUUAUUGUCAAGUUGGUGUCCACAAGAGCAAGUUUUGGCGCACCCUUCGAUUAAAGGGUUCUUGACGCACAGCGGUUGGAACUCGACGUUGGAGAGUAUUUGUGGUGGUGUUCCAAUGAUAUGUUGGCCAUUCUUUGCUGAGCAACAAACAAAUUGUAGAUUCUGUUGUAAGGAGUGGGGGAUUGGGAUGGAGAUUGAGGAUGUUAGAAGGGACAGAAUUGAGAAUCUUGUGAGGGAGUUGAUGGAUGGAAAAAAGGGUCAAGAGAUGAAAAACAAGGCAUUGGAGUGGAAGAAUUUGGCAGUUGAUGCUGCUUCUAGCCCAAAUGGAUCAUCUUUGAAGAAUUUGGACAGCAUGGUUAACCAAAUUCUUUUGAGCAGCAAAGUUGCUAAAAAGUAGUGUGAAAAUGUCAGAUUUCAAAUUUGUACUUGAUGCCAUUGAAUUUUCUGUCAGACUAUUAAGUCUAGUGCAUGCAUGUAGUAUCCCAACAUAAUUUCUUUUGUUUGUUUGUUUGUUUUUCCUCUUUUCUUUUAUUUUUAUAUUAUGAUGAAUGUCAAUAUGUUUAAUUUGUUGGGUGAGAUAUUAUAUGUCUUGCUGUUUUCACUAAUUGAUUAAAUAAACUUUGUUCUUUAGUGGAACA